AUGCGACGGCGAUACACUGGCACCCGCCUACCGCCCUUCGACUGGGCCUUUCGACCCGAGUCCGACCGAGACGAUCUCGGCAUCACGGUCCACGACGACGCAAAGCCCACGGUCUCGACUGGCUGCGAGAUCCACGCCGAUGCAGCCGGUCAUGCUCGACUCGGCGACGGCCGCAAGGUCUACACGCUCGUCUUCCCCGUCACCACGACGGCCUCGGCACCAUCGCACGGACCCAUUGACCCCGCCGCCCACCACCAGCCCCAUCUGGGCAGCCGCCGGGCCGGCGCCGUCGAUCUGCUUCUCGGCCACAAGCUCCGCGGCUUCGGUGCCGGCGGCUCGAACGGGUUCGGCGGCAAAGUCGAGCCCGCCCUCGACCGGGCCGAUGAUGCGCUCGGCACGAUACGCAACGCGGCCGUGCGCGAGCUGCGCGAGGAGUGCGGCCUCGACCAGCCCACCAUCGAUGCGGCUUCGAGCAGCAGCUGCAGCAGCAGCAUCAGCGGCGACGGAUCAGCCCUCGAUCUUUGCGGCACCGUCGACAUCAGCGUCGAUCAAGGCGAGAGGAUCAGGAUCUUUGUCUUCCUCGAUCGUGUCCCUGCCUCGUUGGCCAGCAGCAUCAUAGCGACCGACGAGAUGCUGCCUCGCUGGUACCGCCUGGCCUUGCCCGCUGCGACAAGCUGUCCCGCCACCGUCAUCGCCCCCAGCGCUGCAGAAGCCACCGCCCACGCCACCGCCACGACCGUGACGACAACCCCGAGCGAAACCAUCCCGCUCGACGCCGACCGUGAGCCGUUCUCGCGGAUGCGCCCCGAGGCCUGCCUCUUUCUCGCACUGGUCCUCGAUCGCCAUGCCGAGCGCCCGGCGGCAGGCUCGCAGACCAACGCCCCAGCCCCUCGGCGGCAGCUCUUCGAGGUCGACGUGAGGUAUCACCGCGAGGAGGCCGGCGAUAUGUCCCGCAAGAUCGCGGCCUGGUCGGUCCUCGUCUGA